UUAAGGACACUGAUGAGAACAGAGAGAUCGAGCUGGAUGUUUUAGCAACAGUUAAACUUUCUUAACUCUACUAUGAGACACUGUGGAAACAUUACAUGAUACUGGAUGUAACUGGACAAUGUUGGCUGAUAAGAUUCUUCUUCUUGUGGCUUUGUGAAUUUUACCUUAAAAUCAUCGGAUUCUUGUUAUCAACAUGUCAUAUUUGAGUGGACAUGUGAAUGCUGAGGCCACCAUGAGGAUGACACCUGACAGCAUGGACUCCAGCGAGCCGGGAACCCCAAGCGAGGUGAGGCCUCGGGUGAUGGGGGUGAUCCUGAGCAUCGCCUCCUGCCUCAUCAUCUCCACCAACCUGCUGGUGGCAGUUGCCCUUCUUAAGCUACUCCUGAAGAAGAGAAGCCAGAGCUGGUGCUUUGUCCUAAACUUGGCACUGGCCGAUGCCCUGGUGGGUGUGGCCAUCACUGGCUUGGCCACAGAGGACCUCAACAACAACAACAUCAGUCAGAGCCAGCUGAGCUACGUUAAUUCUGAUCCUACCACAAACACAACCCCUCCUGCUCAGGGCAAGACCCGGUGUUUGAUGCGGAUGGCCUUUGUGACAUCACCCUGCACAGCCUCCAUCAUGUCCAUGUUCCUGAUCUCACUUGACCGCUACGCAGCCAUCAAGAUGCCCCUGCGGUACUCCCAGCUGUCUGGGAAGGGGACAGCACUUGGGUCACUGCUGGCUCUGUGGAUCAGCUCCCUCACUGUGGGAUUCUUGCCAGUCAUGGUGCGGCAGCUGCAGACAGAAGGAUACGGCGGCUUCUGCGCCUUUUUCUCCGUCAUUCACAAGGUGGGCAUGAUUGUGUUAUUCAGUGCGUGCUUCUUCCCCGUGCUCUCUGUGUUCGUUUACAUCUACCUGGACAUCCUGAAGAUCGCCUGCAGCCACCAGAAGCAGAUCUGCCAAGUCAGGCAAGCUGGUUCCAGGACGGCUGACUGCCAUGGCCAUCAACAUUACGAGCAUCAUCACCAGCAGCUGAGGAGCCACUACUGGAGCCACGUCAAGGCCCUGAGGACAGUGGGGGUGCUUGUGGGCUGCUUCUUGGUCCUCUGGUGCCCGUUCUUUGUGGCGUGCAUUGUGCACCUUCUGUGUGAAAGCUGCCAACUCACCAACGUGUUGGAGAAUUAUCUGUGGCUUUUGGGACUGUCUAACUCGCUGAUCAACCCACUGGUGUACGCCUUUUGGCAAAAGGAGGUACGGCUGAAGUUGGCAGCCAUGUUUUCUUGCUUUACAGGCAGGUCAUUGGCUGCUGGACCACCAGGUGUCACAGAAACAUGUGACCCGCAGCCAACUGUGCUGACUCCAGUUGGUGCUUCUCCUGGAGACACCCUCAACCCUUCGCUGCUGCGGCCAAUUAUCAGCAACGAUAAGGUUCACACUGUGCCACGAUCUGCCACAACCAGCCUGUGAGAGACACUUGGAAAUAGAGGCAACAACAACAACAACAAUAAAAAGGUGGUGCUUUUUUUGUUUAAUCAAUGUGAUGUUCUGGAAUAGAGGUCUGUACGCCAAAAAUAAAAAAAUAUAAAGUAUUAAAUAUUAAAUUUUCAGUGGUAGACUUAUUUACUCUUUACUCAUUCUACAUAAUGUAUUCAGCAGGGGAGACCAGGGACGGUUGUAACACAUGAUAGCUGUAACACUUACAAUUUCUCCAACCAGGAACAAGCUAUGAAUCAUCUGAUUCACUCUGCACAUGCUUAGUUUAGUCGUUAUUCUUCAUGUGAGGAAUCAGCACCCUGUGGCAGACAGCCAAGUUUACAAGGAAAACAUAUAUUUUGAGGUAAAAUGUCUUGUUUUGUUUUUUUUUUUAACUUCAUUUAUUUUUGUAAAAGCAUUGCUUGCUUUGUAGUUGAAUUCAUCAAACUUAAGUUAUGUUUAUUGUGUGUCAAUGUAAAUAUCUUCAAUGCAAGUUGUUCCUGCUAAUGCGUUGGCUGUAAGAAGAGCUAGUUUGUGGCUUACAUUUCACUGCAGGCUAUGUUACAGCCAGUUUUGGGUUUACUACUCCAAAAAUGUAGUCCAAUAUAUAACUCGUCAGUUGUUACCCUUCUCAAAGUAAUGUUAUGACUUCACUUUUUACUCCCCGCCAACAGUAAUUUGUACACUAAUUGUUAUAUUACCUUUCCGUUACACCCGAUAAAAUUGGUAAUUUGGAGGUGUAUCACAAAGGAGGAUCAGGAAGUGUAGCUAAAGCUAGAUAGCUUGCAAAUUAUUUUUUACCUCAGGGUCUUGUGUUGCUUAUGACCAGUAUUUUUUCAGACCUGUGUGAAAGACAGAGAGUCACAUGUGGCGAUCCGCCACACACCAAGCCAUAAGCUUCGGCAGGUUAUCCACGAUUAACUAGUCCAUGAUUAAAAUCCAGUUGUUGUUUCCACUGCUAAGGAAGGCUCACCUUUGGUGGGGGGUAUUUCCUGGAGCUUUCUGUUGUUUUGCUUUUGGUUGUAGUAGAUGUUUCACACCAGAGGUUUGAGGCUGUAUUUUUCACAGUUGAAAGAGCCUUAGUACCACUAACGUUACCUGGAACAAUAAUGCUCUUGUUAUCUUUCCUUCCGACAAAAUUCAAGUAAUUGUAAUAUUUCCAAUCGCCGAACGUAAGCGUUUUCAUCUUCCAAACUAGCUUACUGCUCUGUGGCAUGCAUACACAGUGUGAUGAUUAUGAACAUGAAUCCACUGAUCCAACAAAAGUAAUGAUAAAUUAGUUUCACCACCUGUUAUUGAAAAAAUAACAUUAUUGCAAUCACUGCCCAGUACUGGUCACAGCUAACCCAAACUAUGGCAUGAAUAUUAACAUUUUACUCCUUGCGUUUGAGACUAAAGUGUGCAUUUUUUGUUUGUGUAAUGGAGAUAAUAGCUGCAUCAUUUUGAACACACUGGUUUAAAAGAGCUCCAAGAUACAGACAGAAAUGUCACAAAUGUUACAGCCAUUCCCGGUCUCCCCUAGUAAUCUAUAUGGUGGCAGUAAAGAAAUAACAAAUAUCAUAAUUCUGGUUUAUUACGGCUCGCUUUUUUGCCAUGCUAGUGACAUGGCUCUGUGUAAGGGUAAUACUUGUCUGCUGUUUGAGUGACAGAAGGAAGGAGACUCAUAACUACAUAAGCAUAAUGCAUUCAUUUGAGGAAAAAAAAUGUAUGUAUAUUUGCCAUGUUUUUUGGAAUGAACAAGAUUAUUAUGGCAAGAUUAUUAUCUUAGAAUUCUAAUAAGUUUUCAUGCUUGUUAUUGCAAAUGAACAGCUGUAAUUCGGAAAUUAUUUUCCCAUGAAAACUUUUCUCAUAAUUCUGAGAUAGUAAUUUUGAUUGUUUUGUUCUCAAGUGAAUUCAUUACGCUCCCGUACAUAACAGUGACAGCACUACUGUGUCAUUUAAAGAUUUGCUCCACAGUUCCCAGUGAAGCUGGAGGGUCAAAGGCAGCAGGAAGCAGGAACAGAGUUCAGCGGUCCAGUUUCACAGACUUUGACAUGAGCUCCUGAUAAGUCUGCAAGGGUUCAGGCCCGUCCCACUGUGGAAUCAGUGCCUGAGGGGUGCUCACUGACUUUUUGAUCCCUUUAUGCACACUUACUGCAAGUCUGCUAUCCCUCAGAGACUUGUCGAGGACACUGCCUGUGUGCAGCUGGAGGAGAAAACCCAAAAGGCACUUGGCUGUCGUGUUAUAAACAGGGAUGACUGAAAAAAGUGAAAUUCAAAAUAAAGGA